CUAAUAGAUGCAAACAUUUGCUUAGUAAUAUGUGAUCGGUGAAGUCCAUAAGAGAGAAAGGAGUACCGCUCAAUUAGGACUGUUAAUAAUAAUUGUCAAAACUGAUGGGCUCAGCAUCAAGUGGUGAAACUAAUCCCGUGAACAAUAGUAGUCACACUUCUAGCACGGAGCAAGUGUCUUCAUCUAUUAAACUGUUAUCGUCUGAUCAAGAAAAAAGUCAACCACUAAAGCUGUUUAUGAAAGAAGCAGAUCCCAUGGACAAUAAUAUUAGUCAAACCCUUAACACGAAGCAAAUGUCUUCCUCUAUUAAGCUGUUACCGUCUGAUCAUGAAAAAAGUCAACCACUAGGGUUGUUGAAAGAAACAGGAUUAACGUCUGAAGAAAAUUCCAGUGAACCCAGAAAGCCUUCUAAAAAGAAAAAACCAAAAAGAAAAGAAAAAACAUUAAGGCAGCAAUACGACGAACUAAAAAGUCAAGGAGGUAUGUUGUUUCUUAUUGCAGCGGCAGUUAUUUUAAUAUGUAUACUAGCCUAUAUUGAUACCAAGAAACCUAAGAAUUUUCCACCGGGCCCUAAGUGGUGGCCAAUUCUUGGAUCCGCCCCUCAAAUAGCAAGCAUUCAGAAACGCACAAAUCAUUUUGUGUAUGCAACGUCUGAAUUAGCCAAAAAAUAUGGUCCAGUUCUAGGACUGAAAGUUGGUACAGAAGUUAUUGUUAUUGUUAAUGGAUAUGCAGCAAAUAAAGAGUUCCUAUUGUCUGAGGAUCUUUCAGGUCGACCAAUUGGAGAAUUCUUCGAUAAAAGAACAUGGGGAAAACGAAGAGGAAUUCUUUUGGUUGACCAACACUUUUGGCAAGAGCAGAGAAGAUUUUUCCUAAAACAGUUAAGAGAAUUUGGAUUUGGCACCAAAAGCAUGUCUAUGUCGAUCGAAGAAGAAGCACAAGAGUUAGUUCAAUAUAUUUUAAGAACCAUAAGCCAAAACGAUUCUGUCGUAUUUAAUGUUCACAAUAUGUUUAAUUUACAUAUUUUAAACUGUUUAUGGAAAAUGCUGGCGGGAGUAAGAUAUAUGGCAGAAGAUGCAAAAAUGAGGGAACUUCAGUCGAUUUUAAACGAAUUAUUUCAAGCCGUAUCCAUGGUCGGUGCUACUUUCAGCCACUUUCCAAUUCUUAAGUAUAUAGCACCAGAAAAAUCUGGGUAUAACGUAUACGUUAAGAAUCAUAAGUUGAUUUGGGAUUUUAUUCGAAAAGAAAUUGCAUAUCAUAAGAAGACUCAUAAUCCCCACUCUCCAAGAGACGUUAUGGAUGUAUAUUUGAAUGUUUUAGAGUCAGAAGAUGGAAAAUCAGUGGGGGAAAGUUUUUCCGAAGACCAACUUGUAGCAACUUGCAUGGAUAUGUUUAUGGCUGGUUCUGAAACUACAAGUAAUACAUUGAGCUUUGCAGUAUUAUAUUUAAUUCUGUAUCCAGAUGUUCAAAAGAAAGCUCAAGCAGAAAUAGAUGAUGUAAUCGGUAAAUGCAGAACGCCAAAUCUAGCUGAUCGGCCAAGAAUGCCGUAUCUAGAAUGCGUUGUGCUGGAGUCACUGAGAAUGUUUGGAGGCAGAGCUUUUACAGUACCACAUAGAGCUUUGAGAGACACAUAUUUAUGUGGAUAUCGAAUACCAAAGGAUGUGUUGGUUAUAGCCAAUCUCUAUGGAUGCAUGUUAGAAGAAGGAUGUGAAUACGAGAAUCCAGACGUAUUUAAACCAGAACGUUUCUUAGAUAACGGAAAAAUAUUUCUGCCGGAUAGUUUUAUACCAUUUGGCAUUGGAAAGCAUCGAUGUCUCGGAGAGUCUUUAGCUAGAGCUAAUGUGUUUAUAUUUUUGGCAGCUCUUUUGCAGAAUUUCGACAUUAAUAGUUGUCCCGAACAUCCGCCUACGACCGAAUGGAUUGAUGGUGUAACACCAGGGCCGAAACCUUUUAAAGCUCGAAUCACACCUAGAAAAAUAUAAAAUAUAAAUCUUUAUAAAAACAUCGAUGGCAAAGAAGACAUAUGUGGUAUGUGCGCUAAAAGAAAGUUUUCAGUACUUACAACUAUUUUAAUGUUGGAACAUCUAUACUAAAUUUACAAUCAAGAUGCAGUAGAAAUAAACAAACCAAGACACGUUAUAUGCUACUACCCACAUAACAAUUUCAUGUUCUUAGUAGAUUCAUAGAACAUACUUUUCAGAAAAAGUAUAUGCUGAGAAUAUGCGUAAUUACCAUUAUGUUCUAUGUAUAUACUUAGAAUGUACUACCACACUUCUUUUCAGUAUAUACUAAGAAUAUACUUUUUAGGAUAUUCCAAGGAAGUGCUAUAAACCUUCUAUUUAUAUACUUAGAAUAUACUACCGCACAUCUUUUUAGUAUGUGGAAAGUAUAUACUUUUAAGGAUAUCCCAAGCAAGUGCUAUAUUGCUCAGAAGUAUGUUUUCACCAUCACCUAAUCUCAUCCUAGGUUCUACUAUCAUAUUUACAUAUUCAAAUUGCAUACGAGAAUGUAAUUAGUACAUUUUACAAUAUUACUUAAAAAGUAAGUAGGUGAUCUAAAACAAAAAUGUAAUAUGGAGUGCGGUCCUGAAAUUAGUUGAUUAAGUACACCUAAAUUUAGUCUCGAAGUUUUUCAUCGCUUUACCAUAGUAAAUCUUUAAAAUAAUUAUAAGAAACAUAACCAGUAGUGUAGUUAUUAGUUGUGAUUUGAUUGCCGUAAGUUCUUUUAUCAAUAUAUUUACGGUUUCAUCAAAAUCUUAUAGAAUUUCAAUGCAGUCAUACAGUUUUGUAAAUUCAAAGGUGUUUAACAAAAACUUGUUUUUUGGCUUAUCUUCGAUAAGUUAAAUACUUAGUAAUGGACAGAGACGUACUGACCCAAUUACAAUAUAAUAAAACGAAAUUAUAAAAUUAAAAUAAAAAGUAUUUAACAAUUUUAUCCGAUGGCUGGUACUUCUGACUACAGGGGUCCUCCAAUGUUACCCGAUCAACAAACACCAUCUUACUCUACAAUUACCCAACAGAAAGCAGCUACAUUCCCUUCGAAACUACAAGCCAUUAUUAUCCCAGCAGUAGCAGUAGACACACUAAAAUUAGAAGACUACGUUACAGCAAUAGGAUCACUAGUACAACCCAAAAAUGUACUUUUUUCAUCACGAAUUUCUAACAGCAGAAUAUGCAUCUACCUUUUCAGUAAAGAAGUUAUUGACACUUUUUUAACAGACCACGGAGGUAUAAAAAUAGGAGAUAAUGUUAUCAGAGCAAGAAGACUAAUCACUCCUGCUAAUAAGUUACUACUGUCUAGUGUCUGUCCGUCUAUUCCUCAUCACAUCCUCGAAAAUAUCUUGCCGAGAAGGGCUUUCAUCUUCUUUCACCGAUGUCUUUCUUAAGAGCGGGAAUUCAAGAUCCUCAAUAUAGUCACGUAUUAAGCUUUCGUAGGCAGGUGUACUAUACACCUGUCGACAAUCUUGUUAUUCCUGAAUCAAUUCUCAUUGACUUCGGUAAUACAUCUUACCGAAUCUAUCUUUCUGAUGGACUCACUUGCUAUCUCUGUCAUCAAUCUGGUCAUAUCGCCUCAACAUGUACCUAUACAGCCAUCCAGUCAAACCCGUCCAUACCUACAUCCCAAACUGACCAAGACACUAUUUCUUCCUGUAACACAACAACUGAAGACAAAAAUCACUCUGUCCACAAUAAAACAGAAAACACUGGUGAAGUAAUGGAUUCCCAAGAACUCCCUACAGAAAUUACUAUACCGAAACGUUCUCAUUCUGAAAUAUCGUCCCCAGUUAAUACACCACCGGUAGAAAACACAGCAAUAGAUUUUACAAAACCUAAAGCAAGAUCAACAAAAAAGCCAAGAGUCACUAAAUCUGAUACAAAAACUGGAGAAACAGUUUCCACUGAAUCACUUAUCCAACCUGCAAAGGAAUUUAUUGGUAAAGCUUUAACCCUGUUUGAAUUAAACUACACAGAGAUAGUCAGCUUUCUGGAUGAUGUACACGGUUCCCCCAAUCCAUUAAGUAUCGCACAAGAAUACACUAAAAACAUAUCAGCACUAUUAACAAUGCUAACAGAAAUCUACCCCAAACUCGAAAACAGACGAAUUAAAUCUAGAAUUACACGAAUAAAGAAGAAAAUACGUCGUCAACUAAAUCUAGAUCGAACUGAAACUGAUAACUCCGAAGAUACAGAUGUUUCCCAAGAAAACCUCAAUUAAAAAAAAAAUCAAUAAAUGUGCUACGCCUGUGACACCAAUAUAACUGUAGGUCACAUUGUUAUAGACUGUAAGUGUGCGUUAAACAGUGCGGAUUGUGACAAAAUCAUUAGGUUUUUAAAGGAAACUAAAUUAUAUAACCAAAUAUGAGUGCUACGUUUCAGAACAAUCAUAAAUUAAAAUCAACUUUGUAAAAAUUCUGUAAAAAAACUGUGUAAAACAGUUUAUAUUUUGUAUCAGAGUGGAGCCAAACCUCAGUUGGCGUGCCUAGGCAUGCCGGUCGAGGGGCAAAUUCAUCAUCAGCCCCCCUCGUCAUCGAUCUAGCACUCUUUCACUGGUCGGUCGCACCGGCGCUCCAAAUCGCGGAUCCGAUCAACCAGUGACGUUCGGCUCUUUUUGCUGUGAUGUUUCAGCAGAAAAUAUCGGCAUGUUAGUAAAAUCGCUCGCACCCGUUGCGUAGCUACGCCACUUCCAAGAGAAAUGCUCUGAUAAAUUGAAAAUUAGCGAGGUAAAAAAAUAUAAUAAUUAAUGGACCCCUUAUGAGACCGGUCAAAAAUGGCGUGAAGCGCCGACAUUCACAUUAACAUAUAAGACAUUCACAGAACAUUGAUUAGUCAUAAUGGGUAAAGUAUAAAUAUAGACCCUGACGAAACGUAUAUCCCCUCUUAGGAAAAGCCGGGGGGAUUACUCGAAGUAAGUUUCAUAAGUACACUCAUUAGGAUUUCAUGAAGUGACUAUGAAUGAACAGGCUGCCUUAAAUGGUCUUAAGAAUGAGAUUCCUAAUGUCUAGCCGUGAUAGACUAAGAAUUCGCUGGAUCUUCGAAUUCGAUUGACACCAAGUACCUCUUGCCCCUAUUAUGAGAGGUGCCAUGCAGAUGAUUUUCCCAGGAUACCGGGCUUGCAUGGUCUGAAGGAAUAAAGGCUCCGUAUAUUUCGCCGUCUUAUGUCCGGCGGCGACACUUAACGGAUCUGGGCCUUCCCAGUGAACGCCAACGUCUGCAACCAGUACUCUGUCACCCAGCACAGCGACAAAGUCAGGUAUUUUUAACUCGCCACUCGGCAUUGUAAUCCGAGGCUCAACCUCACAUAUCCACCCUUUAUUUUCGGUUGUCUUUCGUAGAUAAGAAACGAGCUGGUCAUGUCUCUUACAUCUUUGCCAAUGUGCCCGGGAGCAUUUUUGCAAGACGUGACUAAGAGACUCGUUUCUGUCACAUCCCAUUCUACAUCGCCGUAGGUGUGGUGGAUUUGAUGGGAUGCCCUUCGUUGGUAGAAGGUUUCCUCGCAGCUGUAUUGCUUUAACAUAAUCACGCCCCGACCAGUAGGGAGGUGGAUUAUGUAUCCAGGCUGAGCUCUCACUGUGGCUGGACCCUUGAGCAAGACCGUUACCGCAAUAGCCAGUGCCUAGUCUCUCGCUCAACUCACGUGCGAUCAACGCUGAACUGCCUCCGUUGUUUUGUGUCCACUUCAAAACUUUUUCCCAGAGGUGACUAACAUAGUUUGUGGACAUUAUAACGGCAUUCAUGCCUUGUGCUGAGAUGAUCAGUUUAGUCAUCCUCCUUCUCAUGAUGGCUGGGACGUGUAAGGCCAUAGCCAUCACGCCCAGACCACCUUCUUUGAUCGGCGUGUGAAUAUAAGCGUCGGCGCACGUUCGAUUGAGACGACAAAUCUUACGCACGGCUAUACGCACAGUCCUGUCAAAACCCUUCAGAGCUUUCAUUGUAAUCGUCGGUGAUUGGAGCAUAUCGAUGUAUCGCGGCAGCAAGUAUGUUUUAACCACGUUCAAUUUUUGAGCGGGUUUUAAACCGGAUCGCUGAAUUCGAUCGAGCUGGGUCUGCAGAUCUUGGAAGGCCACCUUGGUCUGACCGAGUGCGUUAUAUUUCCUACCUAGGUACCCAAACAACUCGCUCGGUUUCAACUGCCUAAUUCUGUCGUUGCCGACAGAGAAGAGCGAACGCGUUACGCAAUAAGAGUGCUUAUUACCACGGUUUACGCUAACCGUAAUAGCGGCACUCUUACCAGCGUUCAGCGACAUUCCUCUCUUCUCGAAGAAAUCGACAGCUGUCCGGAGUUGCCUGUUCCCGUCACGGGCUGAUUCCGAUAACAGAACCAAGUCAUCAGCGUAACCCAACACUGAGACCUUUGUUCUGCCAUCCGCAAUCGACAAACCAAGCACACCUUCUUCGAGCCUGCAUAUCAGCUCAUCGACCACCAUGUUGAAUAAGUAGGGUGACAGCGGGUCGCCCUGCUUAACACCUCUACUCAUUGUCAUGUUAUUCGUCGACUCGCUGCCGGCGGUGAUAUACGUACGACAGUUCGUGUACGAGUCCAUCACAUAACGUUUGAAAGUAGCAUCGAGCCCGAACCGUGUCAUUGCUCGUUCAAUAGAUCGUUGAGAGACCGUGUCAAAUGCUUUACGUAGAUCGAUCGCUAAUAUAUUGUAUGGACGAAGGGCUUUUCGUCUUUCUUUGAUAACCGUCUGAAGUGUCAGGUUGUUCAACAGAACGCCAUCUAACUGUCUAAACCCUCUCUGGUUAUCAUGGUAGCCCAACAGGGCAAGGCGCUUACCUAGGAUCCGAUGAAACACCCGGAUCAAGAUAGAUGAUAUUGUGAUAGGUCUCCAAUUACCUACCACCAGCGGAUCACCACCCUUUGGUAUCAAAGUGGUCCUGCACACCUUCAACACCUCUGGGGUAGUACCAAACUGGAGCAUGGUAUUAUAGAUGAGAACCAAUUUCUGCACUGGAACCCUACGCAGCUGUUUGAUCUUAAAUAGGUCAGGACCGGCUGCUUGAGAUUUCGUGGUUCGUAAGGCUCCAAGGAUUUCCGCUUCCGUGACCGCGUAACUCACGGUCGUGGGAUCCUUUUGAUCAGAAAUCGGUUCAUCAUCUUCUGGUGACCUAGCAGAGAAAAUUGUGCGGUAUUCUUUCUCUAUCAUCUUGAUCUUAGGGUGAACAUCUUUCUCCCAGAGCGGCUUGUCGUCAAGGACAGCAUGAGCCAGAGCUGAUCUAUCAGUAUGAUAUCGUCUUUGUGUCAGACGGUAUUCAAGAGCACGUUUGUGACGUCUGUUCUCUAUUUCUAUAGCAGGGGCGUUAACAGCAUUUGACUGGUUAGAUCUAGUCGGACGACGCUUCCCUGCUUUUACCGAUAUUAUUUCAGCUGAUAUAUAUUCUGAUAGUAGUUCCCUGACACUCUCACGUUGCCUCUCAGCAUGUGCUAGCUGCGAUAAUCUAAAGAUUUCUUUGGCGGUAUUAUUCCAAUUGCCUUUUGAGCGAAAGUAUUGAUCUACAUACGAGGCUAUCGCCUCACGGUCUCCCACCGGAACGAGCUCCUCGGCAUCGAGGUCUUAAUAUGUAUCAUUGUACCACCGCUAAUAACCUUUUAUGGUUGAUGCGGGUUAUUUCUAAUAAUAAAAAAAAAGUAAGUAGGUACAUAUAAAUUUUAGUUAUUUAUAUAAAUAUUAUAUAGGUAAGUAUACAAUCUAGGUAUUAUGUGCAUAUCAAAAUAAACAUGCUGAAUAUAUAAAUAUAUAAUACCUAGAAGAUAUAAUAUUAUACAAUAUUUAGUGAAACUAAACUAUAACUCUCUAUAAAAGAAUAUACUCUGUAAAAUUUAUAUAUUUUGUACUUACCUACUAUUUAAGUAAUAUUGAAUUACCAAAAUGAAUUUAAUAUUUCAAGUACAUACCACAAACAAAAUAAAGAGAUUAUGUAGGUAUGUUCCUAGUCCUAGUUCCUAGGUCUACUUUGUCGUUCGUCUUCCUCCUAACACAGCAUCAAGUAUAGAUUGGAUACAAAUACAAAUGCCUGUGCACUGUGCCUCUUUAAUGUUUGUGUUUGAGUUUUCAUUUUCAUAAAACCUUUGUUAAUUCUUAUGCAGGUAGAAUGAGAAGGGUCAUUUCCGUUAUUCCGUUUGCAUUAUUCCGAUCUUUUACGAUCUGGUUGUGGUGUAUUCUUUUAUAAAAAUUGAAUGUAUCUAAUAAAUUCCAACGAUGUAAAAAUACUCAUGGUAAAAUCAAAAUGGUAAAUUCAUUUCAAUUAUGAAAACGAAUUUGUUUUCUUUAAUACAAAUUAAUUUUUAAACUUUUUUACCAUACCUACAAUUAAAACAAUUUUAAGAAAUGAAUUCGUCCGGGAUACCUACAUACAUAAAUUUAAAUUUUAUUAAUUAUUCUAAAAAUAAUAAGUUGAUAAUCUAUGAGGCUAACAUUAUUAUUCCUAUACAUACAUAUUCUUUUUAAGAUAUUUUAAAAGUACAUACGUACAAGUAUGUGUUAAGCACAUACUUUUAAAGUAUAUUUGAUGAAGGUAUAUUCCAAGAAUAUACUUUUACGAAUAUUCUGAGAUACUACGUAUACAAAUGUGCUCAGUAUAUUCGGUACGAGAAUAUUCUUUAAAGUAUAUGCAAAGAACAUGAAAUUUAGAAUGUUUUUUAUGCUAAAUGCUAUGCUUGUACUACGCAUGUACUAAAAAGAAUAUACUCUGUCGAAUGUUGGUAGUAUAUGCUUUAGUUAGUAUAUGCUUUAUAGGCGUAGAACAUCAUUGUUAUGUGGGUAGGAGCACUCCCGAAUCAUAAUUUACAAUGUAUAAACUUUGGAAAUUGUGAUUUGGGAUUUAAAAUGUAUAUACAUUGUAAAUUAUGAUUCGGGAGUGCUCCUAGUAGCAUUUAACGUGUCUUGGUUUGUAUUCUACUGCAUCUUGAUUGUAAAUUUAGUAUACUUUCUGUAAGCUCUUAUAGUGCGGUGGCGCCCAAAAUCCCGACAGCCAAAAUCCCGACAUGCAACAAUCCUCGCAUAAGCAAAAAUCCCCACCACUAUAUUUUGAAUAUUUAUUAUUUCCAUUACCCAUUCAACAUUUAUUACUUCCUUUUCAAAUGCAAUACCAAAUUAUAUUAUACAGUAUUAAAAUUGAAAAAUUAAUUACUUACUAAUAAGUACGGGUACUAAUUAUUAUGUAUUUUAAAAGAAAAAAAAUCAUUAAACACUUCAUUUUAUAAUAUAAAAGCUAUAGGUAAGUACUUACUGAAAUGGAAGCUUGUAAGUGGCAUGAUAAGAUCUAUUAUAUGAAAGUAAACUUGAAUUCAGGAUUUGAUAAUACAUAUUUUUUAAGUCACAAUACUUAAAACCGCGGUCAAAUACAAAUGAUAGAAACUGAUCAGUGUGAGGAUUGCAAACAUAACCAACAUUUCAGAACGUCAGUUAAGUGAUUACAAUUAUUGUUCCAAGGCUAACUUGACCAAAGGUGUGUUUCAAUAAUUGAACAAGUUUAUAAUAUAGAGGAAUUUCGAUGAAUUUAAAAAUAUUAUAUGGAGGAUCGUGUAUAUUUUAGUGUUACAACAAAGAAAAAUGUACACGAUCAAAAUUUCACGACGCAAGUACAUACCUACUGUAUUAUAGUUUCAAUUGACCCCGAAUAUCUGACAUCGCUUGAAUACUCACUAAUCGCGUUCGUUGGCACCGAAAGGUCAUUUUCGUCAUUUAAAACUGUCUUGAACAACAGAAGACUGAAUUUGAGUCUCAAAAAUCUAGAAUGUAUAUCUAUUAAUUAUUAAAAUACCAAAUUAGGUCGAUAGAUCUAAUUGCGAGAGUCAAUAAUUAUUAAGUGAGAAAACUAAGAUAUCAAGCACAUAUAUUAUUCUAUUUGUUUUAUCGUAUUAUAGGUAUGUAUUAAAUAACUAUUUUCAUGUAAAAACAUAAUAUAAAUUAC